AUGGACCAAGACCCCAACACCAACACCAACGGGGACCCGCUGGCGUCGUUCCUGGAGCCAGUAUCUGGGGUGACGCUCUACGAGAUGGAGUCGGCGCGCCGCGAGGGUCUAAACCGCCGCGGGCGGGUGUUAAAGACGGGAUGCGCCGAGGUGGACGACGCGGUCCUGCUAGGCGGGCUGGAGCGCGGGUGCGUUGUGGGCGUUAGCGCUGAGGAUGUCGAGUUUGGACUCCUGGUUGGACUGCAGACUGUGGCGCACACUUUGGUGCUUGACGACGAGGGUGGGAACAGGCAGAGAGUAGCUAUCGUCACGACGUUGACGCCGGCGGCCAUCCUGCCCACGCUGAGAGACGUGGUUAAGGCGCAGGUGCGGGUUCGCUUGGGCCCGACGGCGAAUCAGAAGCAGGAGGUGGUGAGCGCGGAGGUGAGACGCUGUCUUGAGAGGAUUUCUAUCUCGAGGGUUUUUGAUGUCGAGGGCUUGUGGGAGGUUCUGGGCGAGCUUGAGACGCCGCCUGCUCGAGGUCACGAUGACGGUGAUGGUGGUAAUAAUGCUGUUCCUGGUGGGAAAGAAGCGGAGAUAGCGCCUACUACGACCGCUACUGAAGGAAAGGGGAAUGUCUCUCGCGCUGAGCUGUGGAAUUCACCUCGUCCAAAAACAGCAAAAGAGGGGAAUAAGACGGUAAACCAUAACGCUCCUCCAUCGCCAUCGCCGAAGACAUGGCGAAUGGAAGUUGCUGACAGUGAAGACGAAGAAGAACUAAGCCUAUCAUCGUCACCACCAGGACCACCAGAGCAGCAGUCGUCUGUACUGCCACCACCAGAAUCUCCUCCAAAACUACUUCCAUCCCUUUCACCUCCUAUCGAACCAGCCCUACAAACCACCACUACCACCACUACUACUACUACAACACCAAAUCCCAUAUUGUCGAACAACCAAGAAAUACCCUCACACAUCCCAGACCUAAUCCUAAUAACACACUUCUCCACCCUCCUCGCCAACCUCUUCACCCGCUCCGCCGACAACAAGCCCCACGCGCACGACUCCCUGCGUUCACUAUCUUCUCAUCUCCGGUCCCUGGCGCGGUCGUCUUCUUCCGCGGGUCCUCUCGUCAUGCUGCUUAACAGCACCACCGCUACUUCUCCUUCUCCUUCUGCUUCUGCUUCUGCUUCUGCUGCUCCUCCCUCCGCAUACACCCCCUCGGCGAAAGACAAGCCCCAAGACCCGACGCUCCGGUCCGUUUUCGUCGGGAGAGGCGGGAAACCGGCUUUCGGGGCGACGUUUGCGCAGUUUGUCGAUGUGCACUUGAUGUGCUCGAGGGUGCCGAGGACGAGGGGGGAUGUGUUGGCGUUGGGGAGGGGGGUGGGGGUAGGGAUGAAGGAGGGCGUGAGGUGGUGUUGGGUUGUGGAGGUGUUGCUUGAUGAGGUGGGGGUUGAGGUAAAGGUAGAGGAUGAUAGCGGUGGUAGUGGUAAUGGUAAUGGUAGUGGUAGUGGUGGCGAUAAUAAGAGGAUAUGGAAGAGCAGAGAGCAGCGCUGGGGUGCGGUAGAUGUGCGUUCGAAGGUUAGGCUUGUCGAUGCCGUUUUGAACGGGUAG